UUUUCUCUGGCUGGAAGUCUUCAAGACGAAAAUUUUUCUUCAUUUGCUUUGAAUCAUCUGAUUUCUGAUCAAUUUUUUGUUCAACUGCCGUCUGACAAUAUUCGAAGAAAUAUCAACAUUGCUUUCAACAUUUUGGCUAAUGGAGGAAACAAAUUUUCUAAAGUUGUUUAUCGAAGCUAUUGGGCACUUUUUACUCGGGCAAGACCGAACUUUCCUGUGUUGCCGAUGUAUCAGAAUCUUCCGAAUAUCUACAACAUGAUUAUAGAGAAUAUUGAAACAUCAAAAAAUCUUUCAAAAAUGGUCAAAAAAAUUAAUUUGUUGGGGAUUGCUGAAAGUGAUAUUGGUCAUCAAUUACCUGAAAAGGCUGAAAAUAUUGAAGAAAAUGUGCAAUUAGGAACUAAAAAAUUCCAACUUUCCAAUAAAUAUAAUCCAAAAAUGAAGUUUUCUAUUUGUCAGAAGCAAAAUACUACCGAAGGAGGAAUUGAUAUUGAAGUUGAAAAGAUUAAUUGA